AUGGAGGGAAUCCUAUCACUGCUGAACAAGCGCAAGACUCCGCACAGUCCCUUCCAAGAAACAAGUCGCCCUUCAACUCCACCCAAUCCUCAAGCACAUACCAACACAGACACCGGUCCGUCCGAAAACACACCGAUUCCCUCCUUCCCGGAUGGAGUGAAGGUUCUGCACGACUGCGCCGACGCAAUCGUCGACAUCUGCUUUGUCCAUGGUCUGACAGGGGACCGGGAGAGUACAUGGACCGCCGAGGGGCAGUCCACACCCUGGCCAAAGACCCUUCUCCCGCCAAAGCUCGAAAAAGCUCGCAUACUUACAUACGGUUACGACGCAUACAUAGUUCGAAAAGGAGUUGCGUCGUCGAAUCGGCUGAUCGACCAUGCUACGAACCUUCUGAACGACUUGACGACUGACAGGGCCUGCUGCAAUGCGCCAUCUCGCCCCAUCAUAUUCGUCGUCCAUAGCCUGGGCGGCCUUGUCUGCAAACAGGCCAUUCUCCUCUCACGGAACAACCCAGAGAUCCACCUUCGGGGCAUAUUCGAUUGCACCAUAGGCAUCGUAUUUAUGGGCACCCCCCACAGAGGAGCCUGGAUGGCUGACUGGGCUAAGAUUCCGGCUUCGGCCCUUGGUCUGGUAAAAUCUGUUAACAGGUCGCUGCUGGAGAUCUUGCAGACAAAUAACCAGGCUCUCGAGCUCAUUCAAGUCAACUUCUGGUCAAUGAUACGGGAACGGCAAAAAGCCAAUCAACCUCCGGAUGUUACAUGUUUCUUUGAGGAACUACCUUUACCAGGGGUUGGGAAAGUCGUGUCUAAGGAAUCCGCCACCAUUGAGGGCUACAAUCCCGUUACCAUUCACGCCAAUCACAGGGACAUGGUCAAGUUUGCCUCUGCAGAGGAGAAUGGGUUCAAAAGGGUGCUGGGAGAGCUAGUCCGAUGGGUAUCGCAAUUCGACCAAGUACUAUCCGAAACCGCACAAGAUUGCCUCAAGUCGCUAGCCUUUCCACAAAUGCAGAACCGCUCCCAUGACAUCAGCAGUGCCGUCGAGGGUACAUGCGAAUGGCUGCUUCAACACGAGACGUACCAGAGCUGGGCCGCUUGCGACCGAGGCCUGCUCUGGAUUAAGGGAAAGCCCGGCUCUGGAAAAUCGACACUGCUAAAACACGCUCUUUAUAAGCAUAAGACUAGAGACGACGCCCUUAUUCUCUCGUUCUUCUUCCACGGUCGCGGUGAUGAGCUCCAAAAGACGCCUCUUGGCCUCUGGCGGUCUCUCCUUCAUCAAAUCCUUCGAAAAGCCCCCGGCGCACUGCAGGAUCUCAUCGACGAGUUUGGAACAAAGCGCAAACAGAUCGGCGAGCCGGGUGAAAAGUGGAACUGGCAUGAAGAGGAAUUGUGGUCCUUCUUUAAGUCGUCUCUUUCGAAAAUCCUCAUAACUCGUCCAGUCUGGGUGUUUAUCGACGCCUUAGAUGAAUGUGGCAAGAAAAAUGCAGUCAAACUUGUCCAAAUCUUCAAGUCUUUGCUACAGAGUCUUCUAUCCCAAUCAACAAACCUCAGACAGUGUUGUAUCUGCUUCUCUUGUCGCAACUACCCAAUCCUGGAUCGGGAUACAAGCAUGUUCGAAAUACGUACCGAGGAUGAAAACCAAAGGGAUAUUUCGACGUUUGUGGAUGGCCAGCUUGCCGCGUUCUGUUCGCCAACAUUAUCUAGGAUUCCGGCCCUGAUUACGGAACGUGCCUCUGGCAUUUUUAUGUGGGCACGUCUCGUUGUGGAGCAAGUUCUGGACCUUGAGCGUGAGGGAGCCGGAGUAAAGACGAUCGAAAGGGCAAUCCAUUCUAUCCCUCCCGACCUCGAUGAACUCUACCGACAACUUAUUCAGAUUAUGGAACCGGCGUCCCAAAAAUUGAUUCAAUGGAUUUGCUUUGCCACGCGGCCCUUGUCAAUAGACGAGUUGCGAUGGGCUAUGGUUGUCGAGGCCGAUUGUCCACACCGGUCACUAGAAGCAUGCCGGAGCGCAGAAGAUUACAUACCCGACAUUAAUCGGAUGAAAAGGCAAGUUCAGACGCUCAGCCGCGGUCUUGCCGAAGUCAGCCAUACGCAGGUUGUCCAGUUCAUCCACCAGUCUGUCAAGGACUUCUUCGUCGAGAAAGGCCUCUCAGCUUUGGACGGCAACGUAACGUCGACCGAGGCGGCGAUCAGGGCACACUUUCGGUUCUCCAAGAUUUGCAUACGCUACUUAGCGAUGGAAGAGAUCGGUUGCUCAACAAGCUACGAUGACUUUGCCUUCCUGCAUUACGCUACGACCUCAUGGGUCGCGCAUGCACAGCAUACAGACCAAAUUUCUACGGUUAUUGACGUUAUGGAUGAUCAUGGCCAGACGCCGCUGUCGUGGGCUGCCCGGAACGGCUGUGAGGCUGUUGGCCACGAGGCUGUUGUACGAAUACUACUCGCUGCCGGCGCCGCUGUCGACAUGAAAGAUCGUUACAACGGCCAGACGCCGCUAUCUAGGGCUGCCCAGGAGGGCCGUGAGGCUUUUGUACAAAUACUACUCGAUGCCGGCGCCGCCGUCGACACGAAAGAUGGGCACGGCCAGACGCCGCUAUCGAGGGCUGCCGAGGAGGAUGGCUACGGCUGGACGCCGCUAUCGAGGGCUGCCCGGAAUAACCACGGGGCCAUUGUACGAUUACUGCAAUGUCAAUGA